GAGUGCAACAAGGCAUAGCUUAUAAAUAGCUCACUCUUAGACCACCUGCUCUUCAAUGCAUAUCUUCUGACUCUUGGGUCUUUACUGUUUCACUUCGCAGCUCACAUCACAAAGCAAAAAAACGCUUCUCAUAAAACCCUCUUCCUCUCUCUCUCUCUCUCAAGAUCUGACAACCCAAAUCCCCAUUGUAGAUUAUGGCGGCAUACAAACCCAAGAAUAUCCUCAUUACUGGGGCUGCUGGCUUCAUCGCAUCACAUGUCGCCAACCGGCUCAUCCGGAACUACCCCGAGUACAAAAUUAUUGUUCUUGACAAGCUUGAUUACUGUUCAAGCCUGAAUAACCUCAAUCCCUCUCGAUCAUCCCCCAACUUUAAGUUUAUCAAGGGUGACAUUGGUAGUGCUGACCUUGUCAACUUCAUCCUCGUCACUGAGUCCAUCGAUACAAUUAUGCACUUUGCAGCCCAAACCCAUGUGGACAACUCCUUUGGGAACAGCUUCGAGUUCACGAAAAACAAUAUUUAUGGCACCCAUGUGCUAUUAGAGGCUUGCAAAGUCACUGGUCAAAUCAAAAGAUUUAUCCAUGUAAGCACAGAUGAGGUUUAUGGAGAGACAGAUGAGGAUGCUAUAGUGGGAAACCACGAGGCAUCUCAGCUCCUCCCAACAAAUCCAUAUUCUGCAACUAAAGCUGGGGCCGAAAUGCUUGUUAUGGCUUAUGGACGGUCAUAUGGAUUACCUGUGAUUACUACAAGAGGAAACAACGUUUAUGGGCCAAAUCAGUUUCCUGAAAAGUUGAUUCCCAAAUUCAUUCUCUUAGCCAUGAGAGGAGGCCUUCUUUCUAUUCAUGGGGAUGGAUCUAAUGUUCGGAGUUACCUUUAUUGUGAGGAUGUUGCGGAGGCUUUUGAAAUCAUCCUCCACAAGGGUGAAGUAGGCCAUGUUUAUAAUAUCGGGACAGAUAAGGAAAGGAGAGUGAUUGAUGUGGCCGAUGAUAUCUGCAAACUAUUUUCAUUGAAUCCAGAUGCAGUUAUUAAGUUUGUGGAGAAUAGGCCUUUCAAUGACCAGAGGUACUUCUUGGAUCAUCAGAAGCUCACCAACUUGGGAUGGUCAGAACGGACAACAUGGGAAGAAGGACUAAAAAAGACAAUGGAAUGGUAUGUUAAUAAUCCGAAUUGGUGGGGAGAUGUCUCAGGGGCACUGCUCCCCCAUCCAAGAAUGUUGAUGAUGCCUGAAAUCGAAAGAAAUGCAUCCAGUGUUGGUGUUUCUGCUUCCUCUUUUGUAUUACAUAAUACUAGUCAGGGGAUGGUGGUUCCGGUUUCAAAAGCCAAUCCCUCGACCCAAAAGCCACCGCUGAAGUUCUUGAUUUAUGGUAGAACUGGGUGGAUUGGGGGCCUUCUUGGGAAGAUAUGUGAGAAGCAAGGGAUACCGUUCGAGUAUGGAAGGGGGCGCCUGGAGGAACGGUCACAACUUUUGGCAGAUAUUCAAAAUGUUAAGCCAACACAUGUUCUCAAUGCUGCUGGAGUGACUGGUAGACCUAAUGUUGAUUGGUGCGAGUCUCAUAAACCAGAGACAAUCCGCACCAAUGUCUCUGGUACUCUAACCUUGGCAGAUGUUUGCAGAGAGCACGGACUCCUUUUGAUGAAUUAUGCCACUGGUUGCAUUUUUGAGUUCGAUGCUGAACAUCCAAUGGGGUCUGGCAUUGGGUUUAAGGAGGAAGACAAACCCAAUUUUACUGGUUCUUUCUAUUCGAGAACCAAGGCCAUGGUGGAAGACCUUCUGAAAGAAUAUGACAAUGUUUGUACUUUGAGAAUCAGAAUGCCAAUAUCAUCUGACCUCCGCAAUCCACGCAACUUCAUCACCAAAAUUACAAGAUAUGACAAAGUGGUGAAUAUUCCAAACAGCAUGACCGUCUUAGACGAGCUUCUACCCAUUUCGGUUGAGAUGCUGAAAAGGGGCUGCCGAGGUAUAUGGAACUUCACAAACCCUGGUGUUGUAAGCCAUAAUGAGAUUCUGGAGAUGUACAAGAACUACAUUGACCCCAAUUUCCAGUGGACUAACUUCUCAUUGGAAGAACUAGCCAAGGCAGUAGUCGCCCCUCGGAGCAACAAUGAGAUGAAUGCAUCAAAGCUGAAAAGUGAGUUCCCAAACUUGUUGCCUAUCAAGGAAUCACUCAUCAAAUUCGUUUUCGAGCCAAAUAGGAAAAAUAUCAUUGCUUGAUCAUUACUUCAUGCCAAGGAAAGAGGCGUUCAAAUAAAUUCACACCGCCACCAUUUUUAUUGUUAUAUGUCAUCAUCCUCAUUUCAUUAUUUCUAUUAGGAUAGUUCCCACAUAGUGGUUUAUACUAUAUUUUUAUGUAUUAUUUAAUUUUUUUGUUAAUUAUAGUUUGGCGAAUGUGGAAAGAAAUUCUUGAUUAUUGGAUUCAUUGUGUAAUAAGGGUUCCUGCCCUGUUGAAGUCAUGUAAGUUCAAUGGAUCUAAUUUAUGAAAAUAAUUCAAGUUUUGUUAGUUUCUA